CCAUCUUAGUGGGUUGCUUCUUUGUAUAACUUCGCCACUUCAACUCCAUCUUCUUCCUCUUAAUCCUUAUACCUCUUCCUGAUCGGAAAUCCCUAUCCAAUUUGAGCUGCAAAAAAAUGGCGCUUUCCUCAGUGAUUCACAAAGAUACAAGAGAACUGAGAAUACACGAGAGUUUGGAUGAGCUUAGCACUGAUUUAGCAGACUAUAUUGCUGAAUUAUCAGAGUCAUGUGUUAAGGAGAGAGGCUUCUUCUGUAUUGCUUUAUCUGGUGGCUCUCUCGUCGGUUUACUGAGAAAAAUUUGUGAAGCACCUUACAACAAGACUGUUGACUGGGCUAGAUGGCAUUUCUUUUGGGCUGACGAGCGUGUCGUCUCGAAAAACCACCCCGACAGCAAUUACAAGUUGGCAAAGGAUGGAAUUUUGUUCAAGGUGCCAGUUAUUCCCAGCCACGUGCAUUCAAUGAAUGACGCAGUGUCCGCCGAAGCGGCCGCAAAUGAGUAUGAAUUCACUAUUCGGCAGCUAGUACGGACCCGCGUGAUAGACGUAUCGGAGAUAAGUGACUGUCCCAAAUUCGACCUUGUUCUUCUGGGAAUGGGACCCCACGGCCAUGUGGCCUCGCUGUUCCCUGACCACGAUGCCCUCAACGAGAAAGACGAAUGGGUUACCUUCCUGACCGACUCGCCGAAUCCCCCUCCGGAGAGGAUCACAUUCACCUUACCGGUGAUCAACUCGGCAUCCCAUGUUGCUCUAGUUGUAACGGGGGAGAACAAAGCGGAGGCUGUUAAGUCGGUAAUGAACGGUGCAGGAACCGACUGCCCGUCGCUGCCUGCACAGAUGGUAAGGCCGACUUCAGGUAAGUUGGUGUGGUUCCUGGACAGCGCAGCUGCUUCGCAACUCGACGUUUCUUCAUCUUCUUAGUAGGGUCGAGAUCUUGCAGAUAAAGUGGAGCUUUUGAUGUGGCAAAGGAAAUUUUCAGCAAUAUCUUCUUCUUUUUUGCCCCCUUUCCUAUUGUCAACUGGAAAAAAUUACUUUCCUUCGGUUGUAUUUCUAAUCCUCUUCGUUUAGAGGCAGCAUGAUCACACCCUUCUAACAGAGUCCUGACCCUCAGCUGAAAGCCCCUUCUGCUGUUCCUUCGGUUGCUCGAGAUCCUGGAACUCACCAUCGGGCGAAGCCGGAUGCCGCAGUUCUCCACUUCUCAUGGCAAAACCUCUAAUGAUCUCUCUUAGACUCUUUGUAUUGGGAGAUCGAUGGAUUGAAAUUCAAACAGAUGAACUCUUUGUAUUCUGUAUGCUUAUGUUAUUGUAGUUCAAAGAUGGCCACAGGUGACUUUCAGCAACUCUACUGUGGAUUGCGCCUGGAAAAUAGGAAUAGGACUGGAAUCUCUACAGAGACAUCCGCUAAAAUAGGAACAGGAAGUGGAAUCCACCAGCUUGUGGUGAUUUAUCGGCACAACUGGAUAAGUAAAACCAAGAGUUCUCGACGGUAUAAGUCGUGUUUUUCAGUAUGAACCUCUGAUUGUUAUGGGCAAUACAUUGACUUUUUGCCGCAGUGACGUGCACUUGGGAAGGCAACUUUA